AUGAUGUGGCUGAUCAGUUUAUCUUUGACCCUGAUACGUCAGACCCACGAGCUGUGGGUGGGACUCAAAACUUUGUACGAGUGCGUAAGGAAUACUGUGCUGGCACAUCUGAAAGAGACUGAUGGCAGGGUCGUCAUUGUGCGGGCAAGGCGCCAGGCGCGGGAGGACCGGGAGCUGGCGGCGUGGCGCCUGCGGGUGGGGCCCCUAUCGCUGCACAGGGUCGCGGAGCUGCUGCCGGCCCACACGGCCGCCACGGCUCUGCAGGAGGUGGCUGGCGCGUUCUUCACCGCCGUCUGCAGCGGCUGCGGGAGGGGUGCUGCAGCUGCUGGUUUCGCCAUCCAGUGCCGUGAAGGCGCUCUUCAACGGGUCUACGACGGUGACGGAGUGAUACCACACUGCACCAAUAUAGCCAUGCAAAUAGCGAAAUUUUACUUAUUGGAGGUGUUCAGUGUUCAGGUCUACGUGCAAGGUACAGUUUAUCCAAAAUUCACAGUCACAUUUGUGACAGAUGGUUUAGCGAAGUACAUUUCAAAGGUCAAAGUGGUAUUUCUCUAUGGGAAAGUUUUCAUUGAGAAAUACGCACAACUACAGGAGUUUAUGAAAGCGCUAAGACAUGCUGAUAAAUACUUACGUGUGGCUCGCACGGAAGGGUUUAGUGUGUCUUCUCUCUUGAUCUGUCUGGCCCUCGAGCUGUGGGUGAGGCACAAAAUUCUGAACGAGCGCAUAAGGAACACCGUGCUGGCCCAGAUGGAGGAGAUUGAGGGCCGGCUGGUACUCGCGUGGGGUGAGGAGAGCGAGGACUGGGAGCUGGCGACGCGGCGUCUGCGGAUGGCGCACCUGUCGCUGCACAGGGCCGCGGAGAUGCUGCAGGCCCACACGGGGGUCACAGCACUGCUGGAGGUGGCGGGCGCCUUCUUCGGCGCCGUCUACAGCGCCUACGAGCUGGUGCUGCAGUUCGUUGUCCGGCCUUCCAGUGGGUCGCCGGUGCUCUUCAACAGGUCGAGCACGCUGGCGGCCAUGUGGCUGGUGCUCCACUCGGUGCAGCUGGUUGGGCUGUCGCUGUCGUGCGACCUGGCAGCUGGGGAGGCGCGACGCACGCGGGUGGUGCUGGCCCGCGCCGCUGCCCUCCUGGCCCCAGCCGCGGUACCAUCCGAACUGCGCGCCUUCCAGCAGCAGUUGGCAGCCCUGCCCGCACAGCCCUUCACUGCCGCUGGCUUACUUACCAUAGACAAGAGACUGCUCACCUCCACCAUCGCCGCAGCCGUCUCCUACCUCAUCAUCAUUGGCCAGAUGGCACACCACUAG